CGCGGGAGAGGGGCAGAGGGGACCGACCAGCUGACCAGCUGACCAGCUCGCGUUUCGUUCAAACCGCAAGCGAUGGAAAGGACGGAGAUCUUCCUGUACACCUUCCUCGUCUCCCACUACAUCUGGAACGUCCUCUUCAUCUCGUGGCUUUUCCUCACCGGGACACCAACAAGACACACCAACUAUGGAUUGCCUAAUUGAAGUUGGGCCACCCGAUCCCGCUUGCGCCAGAGCAACCGACCGACGUUAGAUGCAAGAGCAGGUCGUUACGGACAGUUGUGCAAAUCGCGCAUUUCCUGAUCAGAGGAUGGUGUGAAAAGCAGAAUUUCAUCCUCAGGAUACCACAUCCAUUUGCGCGUAAGGGACGUGGACACAACGGUUCCAUCCAGCACUGCUUGAAACACUCUGCGCUAUUUUUUUUUUUUAGUUGGCAUAAUGAAAAAAGCUGUAGUUAGACGAGAGAGUGUGCUCGUGUGACUUUUUUUUUUUUUUUUUUGUCUCCGCCGGCUUUUAUCGCGCGCAUACCAAUUGUGCGUUGCAGUGCAGCCGCUCCGUUGCCACAGGCGAUCCACCACGCAGGGACCCCCGCGAGCCUCAUCGGCCACCGUGCAAGGUUGUUGUAGCCUGCUGAAAAUAGUGCGUCGAGUCCUGCAUUUCGAACUUUAACUGCAGCCGAGAGAGUUUUUAAAGCUGCGUCCAAGCACGCCUGUGUGGCAGGAGUGAGCAAUGGCUUUACCAGACAGUGGCAUAUCUGGGGAGGAAGUGCCCUUCCCAGAGAUCAUAGAGCUCAAUGUUGGUGGCCAGGUGUACAUAACCCGCUACUCUACCCUCACAAGUGUGCCAGACUCCUUGCUAUGGGAGAUGUUCAGUCGAAAGUCAGCCAAAGGACUGGCCAGGGACACCAAAGGGCGCUUCUUUGUGGACCGUGAUGGUUUCCUGUUCCGGUACAUCUUGGACUACAUGCGGGACCAGCAGCUGGUUCUUCCGGACCACUUCCCCGAACGCGGGCGUCUGCAGAGGGAGGCUGAGUUCUUCAAUCUGCCAGAGCUUGUCAAGCUGCUGGCACCCAAAAUCAGCAAACAGAACUCCCUGGGCGAUGAGGGAUGUCAGAGCGACCCAGAGGACUCCUCACCUGGGACUGACACGGCCCGCAACCUCGGCUCCCUGGGUGCUGCUGCUGCUGCCUGUGCCAGCCUGGUGCCCGGUGCCAUGGAUGGCAAACGCUCCGGGUUCAUCACCAUCGGCUACCGAGGCUCGUACACCCUGGGCCGUGACAGCCACACUGAUGCCAAGUUCCGCCGGGUGGCACGGAUCAUGGUGUGUGGGAAGACAUCCUUGGCCAAGGAGGUAUUUGGGGAGACGCUGAACGAGAGCCGUGACCCUGACCGUCCCCCUGAGCGCUACACGUCCCGCUACUAUCUCAAGUUCACCUUUCUGGAGCAGGCUUUUGACAAGCUGGCUGACGCAGGCUUCCACAUGGUGGCCUGUAACUCCACAGGAACCUGCGCCUUUGCCCAUGAGCAGACGGACGACAAGAUCUGGACCAGCUACACUGAAUAUGUGUUCUACCGUGAGUGAGACUAUCGGCUUUGUUCCCCUGGUCCCCCACCUUGUCUCCAAGUGAAACCCACACCCACCCCCCAUCCCUCCAGCCUCCAGCCAUCCUGUCUGAUGGCUCCUGCACCAGUAGAUGUACCGUAGCUGUUGUGCCCCUCCAUCUCUCUCUCUGCAGCAUCCAGCUUUUAUCCUAUGAACAGUAAGCAGCAGCUGCUCCGACUCUUCAUACCUUCUCUGCAGGCCCAAUCCGCAACCCUCCCCCCUCAGCCCCAAAUCGAUCCCCCCUCAUCCUUAGCUCCAGUUUUUGCCCUCGCUUAAGCCGUCAUUCCAUCUAGUUGUAGUCCCCCAGUCCUCAACCUAAGCAACCCCACAGCCUUUGCCUGCAGGGACUGAUACCUUCAAUGUACUAUUUCCCUUUUGUACUCUAUAUAUUGCAUCUGCCUUGGUGAAGCACAAUAUUGUAUCCAAGAGCUAAUUUUGUUAAAUAAGCGCCCCGGUGUGUCCAUAUGACUAUUGAACUAGUCAUAAGGGCGAAAGGGAAAGGGCUUCAAAGAGUGGCCGUGAUGUACAGUGCUAUACUUUUUCCUGUUUACUCGAGCAGAUCGGACUCUCUCCUGCUCCUCUGAACUAAAUUACCAAAUAAUUGGACAUCUUAUCAGCCUUGAGGGAUGUGAGCAGCUCCAGCAUAAGAGAGCAGUGUUAAACAAAAAUCAAAUUUCCUUCAGUUCUUAUUGAAUGUGUCCAGUAUCAUGUGGAUUGGGAAUGUGCCAUACAGCAGUUUAUCUGUUCAGCUGUUGUUGUUAUUAUGAAUAAACGAGGAUUGAGAUUAAAACAGCCACAUGGACAGGGGGAAAGAAUGCAUCGAACUUCUUAUUUUGAAGGGGAAAAUGAGGUUGUAGGUGUGGGGGAUUUCCUUUUCAAAAACAAGACGGUUCUUUGGCUAAUGAACAAGCAACAGGCUUUGAGUUAAAAAAAGAAAUUAAAAAAAAAAAAAAAAAAAAAAA